AUGCCUCAAAUAUACGACUUGAAACGCUUUACACAAAAUGCCUAUGCAGGAAGCCACUACCAGGCUCACCUUUUGCUUCAAGCUAUCGAUAUCAACAGACGAGAACGACUCAGUGAUUGUUGCUUGGAGCACUUGGCACAUCACGUAGCCGAAUCUUGGGAAUCGGCAGACAAGGCACCAGAGAUUUCCAAAUUAAUGAAACAAUUACUGGACACCACUGCUGCUGUUAACCAAGAUACCCUUCUUGAGCAUGCUCUCGAUCGCUUCUGCAACCAACAAGAUACCUCCAACGCAAUAUCCACCGUAUGCCCUAGUCUCACCCUUUUGAUCGCCAUCAGCUAUAUCGACCGACUCAACAAGAAUUAUGCAAACUUCAAAGGCACAAAUGGAUGUGCCUAUCGACUUGUUGUUGUGGCAUACAUGAUUGCAGCCAAAUACAUGCGUGCCAAUCUCAGGAUCAUCCACUUUAAUGAAAAUCAAAAAGAAAAGGGUAGCCUUCCGUAUCAUAGCAACGGAGCUGAUUCACGAUUUUCACGCCUGGAGAUUGAAUUCUUGCAUUUCCUCAACUAUAAUCUAUUUGUGGAGGAACCCGAACAACUCGUCUGGUGGGCUAAAACUUGGGAGGAUCAGCCUGUUAAGCAGCAGCAGCAACACCAGCAAGAAGUCAUCUUCUCAACACCUUAUGAACUCCAAAGCAGCAACCGAUAG